AUGGAGGAAAACAGUUCUGUCAGUGAGCACAUACUCAAAAUGUCUGGGUUGCACAACCGCCUAUCACAGCUGGAGACCAACUUCCCGGACGAGGCGGUCAUUGACAGAAUCCUUCGGUCGCUCCCACCGAGCUACAAGAGCUUUGUGUUGAACUACAAUAUGCAGGGGAUGGUGAAGACCAUUCCUGAAGUAUUUUCAAUGCUGAAGUCAGCAGAGGUUGAAAUCAAGAAAGAACAUCAAGUGUUGAUGGUGAAUAAGACCACUAAGUUCAAGAAGGGCAAGGGUAAGAAGAACUUCAAGAAGGACGGCAAAGAUGUUGCCGCGCUCGAUAAGCCAGUUGCUGGGAAGAAGUCAAAGAAUGGACCCAAGCCUGAGACUGAGUGCUUUUAUUGCAAGGGGAAGGGUCACUGGAAGCGGAACUGCCCCAAAUACUUAGCGGACAAGAAGGCCGGCAACACUAACCUUGGUCACAUUGGUGUCAAGCGCAUGAAGAAGCUCCAUGCUGAUGGACUUUUAGAGUCUCUCGAUUAUGAAUCAUUUGACACGUGCGAACCAUGCCUCAUGGGCAAAAUGACCAAGACUCCGUUCUCCGGAACAAUGGAGCGAGCAACCAGCUUAUUGGAAAUCAUACAUACCGAUUCCAUUCUGCGAGGCAGAAUCAUUGGUGGCGGAAGGCCUACGCAGGACGACGUGCCGAUUUCUACGGCGGCGGCCGGAGAAUCAGGGCAGAUCACACAUAGCCAUCCUGCCUCCGGAGCAGAAAACAUCACCAUUGAUCAAGCAACUCACCAUCACCUGGAGAAUGCUUCUGCCAGCCAUGAGAUCAUCCAGGCGCUUCAGCCAGCACAAGAUCAGCCCGGCAACGUCCCAAACACUGAUGAUGCUCUGGAGAAUGGCCGGCUUGAUCAGGAACAAGACCUGCAGGGGUACCAGGAGUACUCGUCGGACUCGGGGUCGUCGGCGCAGAGCGGCGAGCACUCCGGCUCGUCCUCCUCCGACGGCAGCGGCAGCGCGCGGCAGGAAGCCGUAGCUUACGUGCCGCCGCCACCCGGUGUGCUGUGGCCAGGGGAGACGUCUGGUGCCAGUGGCCAGGAAGCAGCGGGGGAGGAGGAGGAGGAGGAGGAGUGGCAUGUCAUUGAUAACCCAGAAGCAGCUGAAGCGCAGCGAUGGCGGCCGGAAGAUGAUCUAGGUGGCUUCGCCCGGCAUAACCGUCUCCGGGAAGACGCGCUCUACGGGAUGUACAGGGCUGAGCUCAGAGAGCUCCUAAGCAGGCGCAGCGUCUCCAAUCUGCUCAGCAGCGGCUUCCGCGAGAGCCUGGACCAGCUCGUGCACUCGUACGCUCAGAGGCAGGAGCAUGACCCUCCGGCGCCACUCAACCAACACCAUGCUACCAUCUUGUGUGUUAGUAUUGCUGAAGAGCAGGGAUGUGUUUGGCAGGAAGUUGAUGAGGCCAUCCACGACCUGCGGGACGACAUGGCCGUGCUCCAGCGCGGGAUGGCCAGCACGCAGCAGAUGCUGCAGGCGUGCAUGGAGAUGCAGGUCGAGCUGCAGCGCUCCAUCCGGCAGGAGGUCGCCUCUGCCAUGCACCGCUCUCUGUCCCUCCAUGGGACAGUUAGAUGGUACGAUGAUGGAUCACAGUGGGAGCUGGUGAGGAAAGGGACCUGCUGCAUUUGCUGCGACAGCCAGAUCGACUCGCUUCUCUACAGGUGUGGGCACAUGUGCACCUGCUCAAAGUGCGCCCGCGAGCUGCUCCGCGGCGCCGGCAAGUGCCCGCUGUGCCGCGCGCCCAUCGUCGAGGUCGUCCGGGCUUACAGCAUAAUCUGACAGGUCUUUAUAUAGAACACAAGGAAAACAAAGAAGCAAACAGAAGAUGUCUGUCUACUAGAGGAGAGAAGUGUUUAGUCUGACUGGAACUUGAAGGACAGGAGUUGUACGUGUGCUCGCUAGGGGUUUUGCAAGUUUCUGAAACUAGUGUCGAAUUUCUCCAUUGCUUUUUCCGUGGCCUCCAUUACCAUGCCGAUGUGCCAUCAUAUA